AUGUCUUCUCCUCCUGGCAAGAAGAUGUCUCCUAAGACAACCAACCCCGCGAUGAACCCUGACCCCGCGAUGGAGUCUAACCCCGCAAUUGAUGCGGUGCACAAUCCCGCACCCCAGGGCACCACCAGCCCCUGCAGCCAGCAAGGCCAACAAAUCGGGUUGAGCCCACUGAACACCAUGACCGGCCCGCGUCUUAUCCGCCCCUCCACUAACACCUCAAGCCCUCAGGGCCGUGGUCGCAGCGCUCAAGCUAGUGGCCACAAUGGAAAUUGUCCUCAACGCUUUGGUUUUGAUACACGAGACCAGUACUACCCCCCUGCUGGCUGGGCCGACCAAUUCACCACGGCAACUCGUAGCCGAUUCAACAAAGCUUUGCAAGAUGCCAUGAAUGAGGGUAUGCCGGAUGUGCUAGUCCCUUCAUUCCAGGAAGCGAUUGCCUCUUCACUCCUGCAGGAGCAAAACUCCUCUACCUCAACCCAAAAUGUGUCGACUGUCUCGCGCCAGGGUAUUCAAAACUCCUCUACCUCAACCCAAAAUGUGUCGACUGUCUCGCGUCAGGGUAUUCAAACCUCCUCUUCGUCGACCCGAAAUGUGCCAGCUGUCUCGCCUCAGGGUGUACAAACUUCCUCUGCCUUUAUCCCAAGAGUGCCAGCUGCCUCAAACCAAAUGCAGCAAAUGCGACUGCCCUCCAUGAACAUUGCCCCCAUGAAUCCUUUCACAUUGUCCGAUAUGCCGAUGCGACCUGCAUAUGGUCACUCUAUGGAGUUCCAGGCAUGGAAUGCACCAAUGCCGCAGUCAGGCGAAAUGAGUCCGUUUGAUGUUCGUCAUCGACCUCAACCAGACGAAAUGAGCCCAUUUGAUGUUCGUCGUCAAUCUCAGCCAGCUCAAGGCCCGGCUAAUAUGGCACCAAUGAAUAUGCCUUCGAACCUGCUGCCCCGACGUCCCGAUAUGCCACAAUCUGGACCAGCAAUGGGUCUUCCACCCCCACCUUACAUGUCGCCCCACGGUCACGGUAUCCCGGAAAUGGGUCAACAAAUUGGCAUGCAACCCCCGAGUAUGCAGCCACGAGGCCAUGGAAUGGCUCGUCAUGACCUGCUGCCAGAAAAUUAUGGUAUGGCUCCAAUGGCACGACAGAUGAUUCCCCGACAGACCCAACAGGGAGCUCCGCAUCAAAUGCCUGCCUUCACACAGAACAUGGGAGGUAUGUAUCAAAUGCCCGCCAGCGCACCGACAAUGGGAGGUCUUCAUCAAAUGCCUGCCAGCACACCGACUAUGGGUGACUUUUAUCGAACCGGCGUGCAAAUCCCCCAAAAUCAGGAAUCCGGCAUCAGAGAUACAACUCGCGAGCUUGACGGACGCCUGGGCUUGAUCCCGCGUGCCAGUGAGAAUGAGGCAUCGGAUACCGAAUAUUAUCCUGAAUCCCCGGCAGAGACUCCUGCGCCCAAGUCUGGACAGAAAAAGAAGAAGGCCACUGCCAAGACCAAUAGCAAAGCCAAGACCAAUAGCAAGGCCAAGACCAAGAGCAAGGCGAAGAGCAAGAACCCCCGUCCAAAGGGACCUGAUUGGAAGGACCCGGACCACGAUAACAGCCUCUGCGAAUUCUCUCGCCCGUGCACAAUGACGGCAUCGCCUGACGGCCUACACUACCGAAAGGUAGUCUCGCACUUCUUCGGCCGCAAUAAGGCCUCGACCAAGCUGUUUCCGGACUUCAUUUGGGUCCAUUACUGCCGCAAACACUACCAGCGCGCCCGCUACCGCGCCUCGCAGUGGCCGUGGACUCAGUGUGAGCUCCUUCUGGAAUCACUUGCCAGAAUGGAGGAGUGGGGCGGAGUUCAAGACUUCGAGCUCACACUGAGGCGCCGCGAGGUGAAGCGGGUGGAGCGUGAGGAAGAGGCCAGUGACGACGGCCAGCUCUCACCUGGCGGUGAGGAAGAUGAGGAACCGGUGGUGGAGAGUGAGGGUGAGGAUGAGGGGGACCCUGCCCCUCGUGUCGUUUCCCGGGCUGCGCGACGUCACCCGGUCGCCCAAGUGGCCCCCGUGCCUGACUGGCUGCGUCAGUCAGUUGGACGAAACAUGUCCUUCGACGAUAUUCGCCAUAUCGUCGAUCAAAUCAUUGAUCACAUGCUGCAGGUGGCGUCUGCAGAAGCUGCCGAGCUGGCAGCCUCAACCGCCGGCACCCCGGCUCGUCCCCAGCUCUUGGUGGAGACGCGUGUCCGUUUCCCGGACAUUGAAAUUCUGCCGUCUUUUCGGCCGUGGGUGCUGUCGGCUGGGCUCCAGCAGCGGGAGCGCGGGGGGGAUGACGAGGAGGAGGAGAGCGAGGAGGCUCUCGGUGGAGACCCUGCUCCCGGGGAAGUGGGGAGUGGGGAGGAGUUGGGGGGUGGUGAUGCGCCCCCGGGGGAAAUUGGCCGCGCGGGGUCUAAUCGCGGCGGUUCGGAGAGCCAGCGUCGGCGAAACGACCGAAACUGGCUUCGGAUGGUCUCCCGGGUUAAUCCCCAGGGAGGCGUGAAGAAGCCAGGCAAGGACUAG